CGUCAUUUCCGUUCUAGAGGCGAUCGGGAGAUCUGUUCUUGGUGAGAGCGGACGAGGUUCUUUGCAUUUCCAGAGGACACACACACAUACACACACCACUCAGUGGUAGUUAUGACAAGGAGCUAAUAUUCCUAAACUGCCAGCGUAAAGAAGAACCCAUGAUUCCUAUAUGUCCAGUUGUAUCCUUCACCUAUGUGCCCAGCCGGCUUGGUGAAGAAGCCAAAAUGGCUACUGGCAACUACUUCGGAUUUACCCAUGGUGCAGCUGCUCAGUAUAGCCAACAGCCAGCAUCUGGUGUAGCUUAUUCUCAUCCCACAACUGUGGCAAGUUAUACUGUCCAUCAGGCACCAGUUGCUCCUCACACAGUUACAGCAGCGUACGCCCCAGCAGUUGCAACUGUUGCAGUUGCACGUCCAGCACCUGUGGCUAUGGCAGCUACAGCAGCUGCUUAUGGUGGUUACCCUGCAGCCCACACAGCAACAGAUUACGGCUACACACAGAGGCAGCAAGAAGCUCCGCCUCCACCCCCUCCUGUCACCACACAGAAUUACCAGGACUCGUAUUCUUAUGUCCGCUCCACUGCACCCGCUGUAGCCUACGACAGUAAACAGUACUACCAACAGCCUACGGCUACUGCAGCUGCUGUAGCGGCUCAACCUCAGCCAUCGAUAGCAGAAACCUAUUAUCAGACAGUUGCUCCCAAGGCUGGUUACAGCCAGGGUGCUGCACAGUAUACGCAAGCGCAACAAACUCGACAAGUGACUGCCAUCAAACCAGCCAAUCCUAGCCCUGCCUCAACGACAUUCUCUAUAUAUCCCGUUUCCUCCUCUGUGCAGCCAGUAGCAGCCGCAGCCAGUGUAGUCCCCUCCUACACACAAAGUGCUACAUAUAGUAACACUGCUGUGACCUAUUCUGGUGCCGCUUAUUCUGGAUAUGAAGCUGCAGUGUACUCCGCUGCAUCAUCCUACUACCAGCAGCAGCAGCAGCAACAACAAAAACAGGCAGCGGCAGCUGCUGCUGCAGCAGCCACUGCAGCAUGGACUGGGACCAACUUUACUAAAAAAGCUCCAUUCCAAAAUAAGCAACUGAAACCGAAGCAACCCCCCAAACCACCACAGAUACAUUACUGUGAUGUGUGCAAGAUCAGCUGUGCUGGCCCGCAGACUUACAAAGAACAUUUGGAAGGUCAAAAGCACAAGAAAAAAGAAGCCGCCUUGAAAGCCUCCCAAAACACAACCAGCAGCAGCACAGCUGUCCGUGGGACCCAGAAUCAGCUCCGAUGUGAACUCUGUGAUGUUUCCUGCACUGGAGCUGAUGCCUAUGCUGCACACAUAAGGGGAGCUAAACACCAGAAGGUUGUAAAAUUGCACACCAAACUGGGUAAACCCAUUCCAUCAACCGAACCAAAUGUGGUAAGCCAAUCGGUGACUUCCGCAGUCUCUAAAGCAUCCGCCACCUCAAGCAGCACAUCAAGUGCUAACGGGAGCUCCUCUGUUGCCUCCCCUGCUGUUAAGCUUCUCACUUCUAGCUCCUCUAUGAGCACUUCAAACAGCAGCAAAGUGUCCAGUAUCUCCUCUACAAGCAUUGUCAAGAAAGUAACUACCCCCAAAAUCACUUUUAUAGGUGGAAACAAACUGCAAUCAACAGGGAAUAAGGUUGAUGACAGCAAAAUGUCAGACAUCUCAAAAGCAACCCCAAGUAGUGCUGCACAAACACAAGAAGUGAAGAUCGAUCCAAUGUCUGAAGCUGCUCAGACUCUUGCAGCCUUACAGAGCGAUGUGCAGCCUGUCGGCCAUGAUUAUGUUGAAGAGGUACGGAAUGAUGAAGGGAAAGUUAUCCGCUUUCACUGCAAGCUUUGUGAGUGUAGCUUUAAUGACCCAAAUGCAAAAGAAAUGCAUUUAAAAGGAAGGAGGCACAGGCUUCAGUACAAGAAAAAAGUUAACCCAGACUUACAAGUAGAAGUAAAGCCCAGCAUCCGAGCAAGAAAGAUCCAGGAGGAGAAGAUGCGAAAACAGAUGCAAAAAGAAGAAUACUGGAGACGGCGUGAAGAGGAGGAUCAAUGGCGAAUGGAAAUGAGGCGAUAUGAAGAAGAUAUGUAUUGGAGAAGGAUGGAAGAAGAGCAACACCACUGGGAUGAUAGACGCAGAGUGCCUGAAGGAGGUUAUCCACAUGGCCCUCCAGGACCUCCGGGAUUGUUGGGAGUUAGGCCUGGGAUGCCACCUCAACCUCAAGGGCCAGCACCUUUGCGCAGACCAGACUCCUCUGAUGACCGCUAUGUUAUGACCAAGCAUGCUGCCAUCUACCCAACAGAGGACGAACUUCAAGCAGUACAAAAAAUAGUGUCGCUCACAGAGCGAGCCCUUAAACUUGUGUCCGACUCCAUGACAGACCAAGACAAAACGAAGACAAAGGAAAGCGAUGAAAAGAAGGAGCCUACGAAGGAGAGAGCCCUGAAAGGAGUUCUGCGUGUAGGAGUACUUGCUAAAGGUCUACUCCUGCG